UUGCUCCUGAUCAUCAAACAGCCUCUUCGUACUCCACAAGCUCCAGCGCCUGUGUUGAGAUGGAGCAGAGUUGAAGCAAGAAGGAAACACAAUUCUUCAUCUUCAUGUUUCUUGAGCAAGGAUACAAGAGCAAAUCUGUGAGGGUGAGAUUGCGCUGAUGGGAGGUUGAGCACAGGGAUGUGACAGUAAAGAUGACCCUGCUGGCGGGUGAUGGUUCUGACUAUGACUACAGUGCUCUAAGCUGUGCCUCUGAUACUUCCCUUAAUCAACCUCCACAACAAGAAGCAGAGGCUCAGAAGGGAGCCUUCUACAAAAGGGCCCAGCUCGCCCUGGAGCGCACCACCGUCCCUGACAACACCGCUUUGUCUGGCACCCGGAAGAUCCACGCCAUCAUUAAUGUGGGUGGCCUGCGCUACCAGAUGCCCUGGACCACUUUAGAGGAUUUCCCUCUGUCCCGCCUGGGCCAGCUGCACCUCUGCAGCAGCUUUGAUGAGAUUAUGCGCAUCUGUGAUGACUACGACGUUGCACACAAUGAGUUCUUCUUUGACCGCAGCCCCUGUGCCUUCAGGACCAUCCUGACUUUCUUGAGGGCGGGUAAGCUGCGUUCCCUCAGGGAGAUGUGCGCUCUCUCGUUCAGAGAGGAGCUCCUCUACUGGGGCGUCCCAGAGGAGAGCCUGGAAUGGUGCUGUCGCCGCCGCAUGCUGCAGCGUGUGGAGGAGUUUGAAGCCAUGGAGAGAGCAGAAGAAGAGGAUGAACUUUUGGAGGACCUGUUGGAUUCGGAGAACGGGCACAAGGAGCGCAUGGCUGAGUCCAGAAUGAAUUGGUGCAUGAACAAACUGAGAGACAUGGUGGAGAGGCCUCGCUCCGGCCUGCCAGGGAAGAUCUUUGCUUGUUUAUCAGUGUUAUUUGUUACCAUCACAGCCAUCAACCUCUCCAUCAGUACCAUGCCAGCUAUGAGAGAAGAGGAGGAGGCGGGCACAUGUUCCAAGAUGUGCUACAACAUCUUCAUAGUGGAGACCGUAUGUGUGGCCUGGUUCUCCUUGGAGUUCACCCUGCGCUUCAUUCAGGACCGCAGCAAGCUGACCUUCUUCAGAAAGCCUCUGAACCUCAUCGACGUGGUGGCCAUCCUGCCCUACUACAUCACCCUGCUGGUGGACGGUUCGUCCAAGGGGGAGAAGCGCCUUGGCUCCGGCAGCAGCUACUUGGACAAAGUGGGCUUGGUGCUACGUGUCCUCAGAGCGCUGCGCAUCCUCUACGUGAUGCGGCUGGCUCGCCAUUCGCUGGGCCUGCAGACUCUUGGCCUGACGGCGAGGCGCUGCACACGAGAGUUUGGACUGCUCCUCCUUUUUCUGUGUGUGGCGAUUGCUUUGUAUUCACCCCUUCUGUACCUGAUUGAGAAUGAAAUGGCUGCCACACAGGAGUUCACAAGCAUCCCCGCGACCUAUUGGUGGGCUGUGAUCACUAUGACAACUGUUGGUUAUGGGGACAUGGUGCCAAGGAGCAUCCCGGGUCAAGUGGUAGCUCUCAGCAGCAUUCUGAGUGGCAUCCUCCUGAUGGCAUUCCCCGUCACCUCCAUCUUUCAUACCUUCUCCAGAUCAUAUGUGGAGCUGAAGCAGGAGCAGCAGAGGAUCCUGCAGAGGAGGACACACUUCCUACUGCGUAGCCGCAUGGCUGGCCUGGGCAGCAAUCUCUCCUUAGAAAGUGACAUCCUUUUUCCCAUAGGGCCACCUGAAACCAGAGAAAUGAACAACUGAGACUGCAGUAGAUGAAGACGACAUGUGGAUGUCUAAUUACAAGAACAGGGCAGAGGGAAAGAAGAUUAAUAUCAUGCAUUGGACUUUUUUGCUUUUAUCACAUUGCAACAACAAACUUAAUCUGCAGUAUGUAACUUUUGUAAGAAAAAAUGUUUGGUUUUUUUACAUAUUUUUUAAAACUCACCAUGUCGUGACAGUGUAAUAUGAAAAAGAUCGUCUGUGAAAAGAUUGAUCUUAUCCAUCUUCAUGAGCUAGCUCUAUGAGCUAGCAAUGCCCUAAACAAAUGCACUGCUCCCAACCAAAAACAACCAAUCAGAGCCAGGAGGAGGAUCUUAGCCCUGUCAAUCAUUCCAUGUACUCGCUUCUCACUGAGAAACAACUUACCUUUCAUCUGCCU